AUGUCUAUCAAGUACAGCAACCUCGGAGGCACGUUGGAUGAUGCGGCACUAGAGAAAAAGUUGUUUGACACUGUGUUGGAGAGGUUCAUCAACGUGAUCGCUAGGAUCGAGCAGUUUUAUGAUCUGAAGAAACUGUCGUUCGAGGAAGCUAUCGGCCGGCUGAAGGCAUUCGAGGAGCGUACCAAGCGGGGAGCUAGGGGAGUGCACUCUGACAGCGGGCAGCUGUUGCUCACUCAGUCUGAGUGGGAAGCACGCUAG